GGGACUACAGGCGCCCGCCACCACGCCCAGCUAUUUUUUUGUAUUUUUAGUAGAGACGGGGUUUCACCGUGUUAGCCAGGAUGGUCUCGAUCCCCUGACCUCUUGAUCCGCCCGCCUCGGCCUCCCAAAGUGCUGGGAUUACAGGCGUGAGCCACCGCGCCCGGCUGGCCUGUCCUCCUCUUAACUUAUCACCAAGGCUACCUUGAAAUAAGUGGCCAAGAGGGCCAAUAGAUGAGGUUAGAAGGGGUAGAAGCGAGGGGCUUGUGGCUAGGGAGAGAUAGCUAAUUUUGGAGGUUGGCAAGGAAAUAGCAGACGUUAUCAAUGGACUCAGGGAAGUGGGACGGGAGGUGGUGAUCUGGUAAUCAUGGGGUGGGAGGAUGAGGUGAGAAGCUCAGGCUGGGGUUGGGGCAUUUGUAGAUGAUAUUCCCUUGCAAUUAUAAAAAGAUUUCAUGUCUACUGGCUUAAAUUUUAAUACCACUUCCACCAGUAUUUGUGCAAGUACUGAAAUUGUGCUUGGUCUGAAGGGGAAUUAUCGUAAACAAAACAAAACAACAAACACCAAAAAAAAAAAAAAACCUCCAUUCGUUUGGAAUUUUGUCCCUCCACAUUCCACAUUCUUCCUCCUUAAAUUUACUACUUGGAUUGCCUAUCCAAAAAUAUAAAACAUUUUUAUUUCACAGCCAUCCCCUGCCUUGUUGGUUAAAUGCUUAACACCACCAAAGGGCACCCAGGUAUCCUGGAUGCUGAUGCUGUCAACAAUGGCUGCCCUGUCUGACUACAUUUUAGCCUGGGGCCAACGUAAACUGGGACCAGAAAUACCUUGAAAGCCCAAAAGGAUGAGAUAAGGAAAACAGGUUGGGACAUGAAGAUUAUCUUUUGUUUAAGUUAUUCUCACAAUAGUUACUCUCUUUUAGACCCUGAACAUUUUCAGUACUUGCUCCAAAUGGUUUAGCAACUUUUGAAGUGGGAUUAACAAGUUUGGCCAAUGAAGCUUCUUCCCUGCCCACCCCCAGAGGUGCCGGAGAAAAGUAAUCCUGGAGGGUCGGCGUGGAGGCAGUAGAGAGGUUUAUAAAAGUCAAGGAAGUGGGAAGAGGCUUGCGAGCAGCAGGAGAGGCGCAGAGUCAGAGGGGCAGGGGCGGCGGCGGAGGGAGCAGGAGGUUGGGGCUUGAGCCCGUCAUUCCUGCGCACGGAAACUUGAAGUCGCUCGGUAGCCGGGGAAGGGAAGGAAGAGGCAGGCUCUUUCCUAGAAGUGCAGUGAUCGAGGGUCUGGCACUCCAAGCCAACUCCUGAGAACGGGAAAUGGGCGGGGGUCGGUGGGGUGGAGAGGGCAGCCGUGGUCGCGAGAGCGAAGGAGCGGUCUGAGAAUCCGGCUUGAGUGUUAAAGGCUAAGCGUGUCUAGCUGGACCCGUGGCCCCGAAGAAGCGAGACAAGGCGACGCGGAGCUGUCCCUGACACCCCGAGGACCGAGGGACAGCGAAGGGCCGGGGCCGCCGGCCAUUGCCAGGCGCCAUUAGGUGACGCGGCCGUCACGCGAUGACGCGCUGACCGGCAGUGGCCUCCACGUCGCAGGUUCCGCAAAGACCUGUGGGAGCGACCCGGGAGAAGGAGGGCCAAGAUGGCGGAAGCGGAGGAGUCUCCAGGAGACCCGGGGACAGCAUCGCCCAGGCCCCUGUUUGCAGGCCUUUCAGAUAUAUCCAUCUCACAAGACAUCCCCGUAGAAGGAGAAAUCACCAUUCCUAUGAGAUCUCGCAUCCGGGAGUUUGACAGCUCCACAUUAAAUGAAUCUGUUCGCAAUACCAUCAUGCGUGAUCUAAAAGCUGUUGGGAAAAAAUUCAUGCAUGUUUUGUACCCAAGGAAAAGUAAUACUCUUUUGAGAGAUUGGGAUUUGUGGGGCCCUUUGAUCCUUUGUGUGACACUCGCAUUAAUGCUGCAAAGAGACUCUGCAGAUAGUGAAAAAGAUGGAGGGCCCCAAUUUGCAGAGGUGUUUGUCAUUGUCUGGUUUGGUGCAGUUACCAUCACCCUCAACUCAAAACUUCUUGGAGGGAACAUAUCUUUUUUUCAGAGCCUCUGUGUGCUGGGUUACUGUAUACUUCCCUUGACAGUAGCAAUGCUGAUUUGCCGGCUGGUACUUUUGGCUGAUCCAGGACCUGUAAACUUCAUGGUUCGGCUUUUUGUGGUGAUUGUGAUGUUUGCCUGGUCUAUAGUUGCCUCCACAGCUUUCCUUGCUGAUAGCCAGCCUCCAAACCGCAGAGCCCUAGCUGUUUAUCCUGUUUUCCUGUUUUACUUUGUCAUCAGUUGGAUGAUUCUCACCUUUACUCCUCAGUAAAUCAGGAAUGGGAAAUUAAAAACCAGUGAAUUGAAAGCACAUCUGAAAGAUGCAAUUCACCAUGGAGCUUUGUCUCUGGCCCUAGUUUGUCUAAUUUUGGAAGUAUUUAAUAACUGAGUAGGUGAGGAGAUUAAAAGGGAGCCAUAUAGCACUGUCACCACUUAUUUGAGGAACUGAUGUUUGAAAGGCUGUUCUUUUCUCUCUUAAUGUCAUUUCUUUAAAAAUACAUGUGCAUACUACACACAGUAUAUAAUGCCUCCUUAAGGCAUGAUGGAGUCACCGUGGUCCAUUUGGGUGACAACCAGUGACUUGGGAAGCACAUAGAUACAUCUUACAAGUUGAAUAGAGUUGAUAACUAUUUUCAGUUUUGAGAAUACCAGUUCAGGUGCAGCUCUUAAACACAUUGCCUUAUGACUAUUAGAAUAUGCCUCUCUUUUCAUAAAUAAAAAUACAUGGUCUAUAUCCAUUUUCUUUUAUUUCUCUCUCUUAAGCUUAAAAAGGCAAUGAGAGAGGUUAGGAGUGGGUUCAUACAUGGAGAAUGAGAAAACAUGCAUUAACCAAUAUUCAGAUUUUGAUCAGAGGAAAUUCUACACUUGUUGCAAAAAAAAAAAAAAAAAAAGCAAAGGGCCUCUAAAGAAUCAGCCUCUUUGGUCCCUUUGUGCAGUCACCUUUUUGCCAUGUUUAACAGCAUCUUGGUUGGCACUCUAGUCUUAAUCUUGCUCCUUAGCUUUGAAUAUGCAGUCUAAAAUGUCAGUAGUCAACAUGUAAUUUUCCUUUGAAAUUCUGAAUAUUCCAGUGCUGGAACUUAUCCAAAAAGAAGACCUCAGAAACUUAGAUUGGUAGAUCUCUAGUGCAUAUUAUCAUGUGGGCACCUUCUCUUAGGGUGGAAUGAGGCAGUCUGGAUGCAGCAUAGUUAAAAGGAGCUCUUUAAUAUUCUCUGUAGUCUGGCCUCUUAACUAGAAAGUAAAGCUAAAUCAGAAGCCUGUAUUUAACCAUGUGAACAGGGAGGGAUUUAGUGUUCUGAUGGCUGAUUAAUAGAACAGCUAGAUACUUAGAGCAUGACGUGGGAUGGGAUGAGUUUACAGCUGCUGCCUUUUCAUAGUGAGCUUAGCAGUUUUCUCAUUAGAUGUGUUUUUUUGGGUUGGGGAAUAGCAAUUUAUUUUAUUGAUUUUAGACUUUAUCAAGCUAAUUAGCUCCCCUUUAGAUAAGUACAUGUUGCACAUGUGCACCUACUUGUACUCUCAGAUAUUUUUGCACGCAAGUGUGAAGGUUUUUCAGGGAGCAGAGCAUCUGGGACAGGCUGAUUCUGAGCUAAACAGGGCUCCUUUAAGGCAAUAUGAACUGUUGCCUUCUAUAAAUUGCACAUUGAGGAACUCUAAUAGACAAAGAUUAGGUGUCAGGCAGAAAACACUCAUUGUAAAUAUACUAUUAGUUGAUAAACAUAGGACUUUCUUAUUCCCCAGUUUUUCUUUAUCAUAUAAUUUAAAUAUUUAUUCAUUUUGUAUUUAAAGACUACCUACACAUAGAUAUAUGAUUCCAAAAUCAUACUUUCUCUAUCCCCACAUUAGCCAAGUGAAUACAGGGCCAAAUGGGUUCUUGGAAUGAUAAUAACAAAGCAUUACAAAGUGGGUCCCCUUGGUUCCAGCCUUGUCCAGAGUUUUUGGUUAUAUAUUUCUAUUUAUUACAAUUUACCUUUUAAAUUGUAAAAUAAACCUUUUUGUGGACAGAGCCAAUGUUUCAAUCUUGAAUGAGUAAAGAAAAUACUUUGGAACUGAUCCUCAUUUUGAAAUUGGUUCUAAAUUAUUAUCCAUUUCCAAUGUCUGAAAUUCUCUUACUUCCUGCUAAAACUCUCUUUCUGCCAAAGUUGUUUCGUAAUCUGUCUCAAUGACUAUAAUGUAAAAUUAAAGAAGUAACCAUGCUUCUCAAGGGGGAAUUAAAAGUGUUUAUUGAAUUUUACUCAGGCUAAUUGUUUGGUCAGAAAUUCCUAAGGCCACAGCUUUGGGGGGUUCGUGUAGAUGUACAUGGUGGGUGGGUUAUAAAUAUUGGGACUUAAGGCAGCUUGUUCUAUGUAUUUAUCUUUGCUCUUGGGUGACUUAGGGAAUGAUUUUAUUUGAUUUAACCUUCUUUCUGUUUGCCCUGAGAAUACUCGCCAGUGGCGCUUGCAGUUGUAGCAUUUACCCCAAGAUAAUUUUGCCUACGAAAUAUUUCGCUUUUAUUAUUUUCACAUCAUUCUAGUAUAUGGACUUUGGAAACAAAAGACAUUGUUCCAUUUAUAGCAUUCUUUUUUUUUUUUUUUAGUAGCGGUAUUUCCAUUUACAAAAUAUAGUAACUCUUGAUUACUGAAAAUGUCAAAUCCUAGAAAACGUAGCAUGCCUAUACAUGAUGUUAACAUCAUUCUCGAACAGUUGUUGGCCGAAGAUUCAUUUGAUGAAUCCAAUUUUUUUGAAAUAGACAAUUCUGAUGUUCUCUUUAGAAAUAACUCAGUUUUUAUCUUUUUUCACAUUGAAAAUCAGUCAGAUUUGCUUAAGCCUCAAAGAGAAUGUUUAUGUAAAUUAGCGCUGGCAAUUUUUUUUUUUUCUAAACAGGAAAAGGGUUAAAUGAAGGUUGAUAAAAUGGAUGUUCAAUUGUCUUUCUGAAAGUGAGUGGCUUGAAGGGAUGAAUAAAUAUUUUCUUAACAUAUUCAAAAAAGUGCAUUGCUUUCUGUGAUGGAAGUUAAGACCUAAACGUCUGGAAGUUGUAACCCUCAACACAGCUUUUCCUGAUUUGCUGCAAAGGCACAUAGCUGAUUAUAGAAGUGAAGACGGCAAGGACGGGGACUCCAACAAAGGAAACCCUGUUGCAGGAUUUGGGAACUUUCAUGCUUCAGAUGAAAUUCAGGCAUGUGAGCAUCACUGCAGAAUGUGGUGCAUCAUUGCCAUCAUGAGUAAUCACUUGCUGCUCCUACUUCUGAGACCAAGACUCUUUUGUCAUAUUCUUUAGCAAUAGGACGGGUAAAGACUGGAUUUAAUCGCUGUUCAGAGUAUAAAAACUCAAUUGAUUCCAACAUAUCUGAAUGUGCAGUAUAGUCUUAAAAGUCAACCGUUAAUCAUUAAGUCUUUUGCCUCUAAAGUCUUUUGCCUCUGAAGAGGUUUAUUACAUGAGUUGAUUUUGAUAUUUUCAUUGUGGUGGGGUUUUCCUGUUGUUGGGCAAGGUGGGGUCACAGGACAUGGGACUAGUAAGCAUUUUACUGUUUACUAUAUUUGUCUUUUUAUAAACAGUAUCUCCCAAAAUGUGAUUAGAAGGCUAGCAAGCCUGUAUUUGGACAUUUAAUUGUGUGCUUUAUAUAAUGUAACUACUAACAGUAUUUGGACUGCCUGUUCAUUCCUGGAGACAAAAAUGAAAAUCUCCUGUCAGUUCAAGUUCUUGGGCAACAUCAAGUCAUUAGAAUUUAUCUAAAGCUUAUCAUGAUUUGAUAAGACAUCCAUUGCAUGCAGCUGUUUUAGCUCAGUGCAAAACACUGAAAUUGUGAUUCUUAGACUGUUUCUGAGACAUUUGGAUGGAAAUAAAUGUAUAAAUGUUAAUUCAUGUAUAUAAAUUAGAAACACUUUUCUAGAUUCUGUAGGCUUUUGUUAAAAAUAGAGAAUUUCUUGGGGUUUACUUAGGCCACAGAAUGGCCAAAUAAUAAUAAUGACAAUGAUAUUACUAACAAUAAUAGCUAACCUUUAUUUGGCACUUACUGUGUGCCAGACACUAUUCUAUUUUUUUAAGAAUUUUUAAAAUAACAGCUUUAUUGAGAUACACUUUACCAUAAACUUCACCUUUUUAUUUUUUAUUUUUAUGAGACAGGGACUCACCCUGUCACCCAGGCUGGAGUGCAGUGGAGCAGUCAUGGCACACUGUAGCCUCGACCUCCCUGGGCUCAAGCAAUCCUCCCACUUCAGUGUCCCGAGUAGUUGGGACUACAGGCAUGCGUCACUACACCUAAUUGGCUAAUUUUUGUAGUUUUUGUAGAGAUAGGGUUUCGCCAUGUUGCCUAGGCUGGUCUUGAAUUCUGGGCUCAAGCGAUCCACCUGCUUUGGCCUCCCAAAACAGUGGGAUUGCAGGUGUGAGCCACCAUGCCUGGCUGAAAUUCACCUUUUAAGAUGUACAAUUCAGUGGUUUUUAGUAUAUUCACACACAAAAUUGCACAACUAUCACUACCAUCUAAUUUUAGAUCAUUUUGUAACUUCACCAAGAAACCCCAGGUCUGUCAGCAGUCAGUUCCAUUCCCCCUUCAUCCCAGCCUCUGGCAACCACUAAUCUGCUUUCUGUCACUAUUGAUUUGGCCAGACACUAUUCUUCUGUGCUUCUCAUGCAUCUCCUGUAAUACCAGUUCUACAAUUCUCAUUUUAUGUGGAAAAUUGAGGCACUGAGAGGUUAAGUAAAUUGCCCACGGUCACACAGUAAUUUGAUUUACAACAGUAAUAACACAUUAGAUGAGAACACAGUAGGACACAAUUUUGAAUUCCAUUUUUAUGUACCUGAAAUGAAUACACCCCUCCCCCAAGGUAUUUUCCCUAUUGUUAGCCUUUGUACCCUGGGUACAAAUAUAGGUAUCUUCCCUAUUGUGUUAUGUACCUGAAAUGAAUACACCCUUCCCCCAAGGUAUUUUCCCUAUUGUUAGCCUUUGUACCCUAGAACUGACUGGAUGUAGAUAACAUUUGUUUUCGGAGUAAUGGAACACUGUAUCAGCAGCAUCUGAGAACAUAAGAACAGUUGGACAUUGGAAAGAGUUAGGUUUGUUGCCCUCAUCCCUCCUUGAACCUCUUUUCUCUCCCGCUUCCACCACCACCACACAUAUAUACCCCUUUUUCUCAGUCUUAAGCAUCAAACAAUUUCUGCCUCUUUCUUUUUAAUUCUCUCAGAGGGAUGAUUAAUGCAUCACAAUUUAACUUGUCUAUUCAGGUAUUAAUAGUCAAGGGAUGCAUCUGGUUGCUUAUAGUACCAGUUAUAUUCCUAGGAUCUUAGAGAGCAGUAGUGUGAGAAUAGAAUGCCUUUCUAUUUGGGUUAAACUAUGUGGGAGGAAAAAGUAACAGAGUAAAGGCUUUGCCUUAAUGAAGUCAAGUGUUCUGCCUGGUGGGAAGUGGCCACACGCUGCACUGCACUGCUCUUGUUUACUCUGUUCUUUCAGAGCCUUUGUACUUUGCCAUCACUGCUAGUAAUUUCUUGGUCCUUUUCGAUACUCCAUUUUAAUCUUGAUUUUUUUCUAUAAAUGAUAAAUCUGUGAAAAAUCUGUAAAAAGAUUUGUGACUAUUAAAUGUGCAAAUAAAAACACUGGAAAAAGAGAA